AGGUGGUGUUGGAAGAGGUUCGCUCUCUCGGGGGAGGUGGGGUUGGGGGUGUGUGGGGGGAGAGAGAGAGAGAGAGAGAGAGAGAGAAAAAAGGUGAUUAAAGAUGGGGAACCGUGGGAUGGAGGAGCUGAUCCCUCUGGUCAAUCGGAUGCAGGACGCUUUCGCUCAGAUCGGACAGAAUGCCGACCUGGACCUUCCUCAGAUCGGGGUGGUCGGGGGGCAGAGCGCCGGCAAGAGCUCGGUCCUGGAGAAUUUCGUGGGCAAGGACUUCCUUCCCCGUGGAUCUGGAAUUGUCACCAGGCGACCACUUGUGCUUCAAUUGAUCAAUUCCUCAACAGAACAUGCGGAGUUCCUGCACCUCAAAGGGAAGAAGUUCAUGGACUUCGAUGAAAUCCGCCAGGAGAUCGAGGCGGAAACAGACAGAGUCACGGGCGGCAACAAGGGAAUAUCGUCCAUUCCGAUUAAUUUGCGAGUCUAUUCCCCAAACGUCCUUAACCUGACGCUGAUCGACCUCCCUGGGAUGACCAAGGUCCCAGUUGGGGACCAGCCAGUUGACAUCGAGUUCCAGAUCCGAGAAAUGCUCAUGCAGUUCGUCACCAAGGACAACUGUCUGGUUCUGGCGGUCUCACCGGCCAACUCUGACCUGGCCAACUCCGAUGCCCUGAAGAUUGCCAAAGAAGUGGAUCCUCAAGGUUUGCGUACAAUUGGAGUCAUCACCAAGCUGGACCUGAUGGACGAGGGCACGGACGCUCGCGACAUCCUGGAGAACAAGCUGCUGCCAUUACGCCGCGGUUACGUUGGAGUGGUAAACAGAAGCCAGAAGGAUAUUGAAGGCAGAAAGGAUAUCCAAGCAGCCCUGGCUGCUGAGAGAAAAUUCUUCCUAUCGCACCCAAGUUACAGACACAUGGCAGAUCGCAUGGGGACACCUUACCUUCAGAAAGUCCUCAAUCAGCAACUGACUAACCACAUCCGAGAGACACUGCCAGCCCUUCGCAACAAACUUCAGAGCCAGAUGCUCUCCAUCGAGAAAGAGGUGGAGGAAUACAAGAACUUCCGGCCCGAUGACCCAGCCAGAAAAACCAAAGCCUUGCUUCAGAUGGUGCAGCAGUUUGCCGUUGAUUUCGAGAAGCGUAUUGAGGGCUCGGGAGAUCAGAUCGACACCUAUGAGCUAUCGGGUGGAGCAAGGAUAAACCGCAUCUUCCACGAGAGAUUUCCCUUUGAACUUGUCAAGAUGGAAUUCGAUGAGAAGGAAUUACGACGGGAAAUCAGUUACGCCAUCAAGAACAUCCAUGGAAUCAGAACGGGGCUUUUCACCCCUGACAUGGCAUUUGAAACGAUUGUGAAAAAGCAGAUUUUGAAGAUCAAAGAGCCCUCCCUGAAAUGUGUGGACAUGGUUAUAACUGAGUUAAUCAAUACAGUUAGGCAGUGUACCAAAAAGUUGGGACAAUACCCGCACUUGCGGGAAGAGAUGGACCGGAUCGUGACCACUCACAUCCGGGAUCGGGAGGGAAGAACAAAACAACAGGUUAUGUUGCUGAUAGACAUUGAGUUGUCCUACAUGAACACAAACCACGAGGACUUCAUUGGGUUUGCCAAUGCCCAGCAGCGCAGCAGUCAAAUGAACAAGAAGAAGACAUCAGGGAACCAGGAUGAGAUUAUGGUGAUCAGGAAGGGCUGGCUCACCAUCAAUAACAUUGGCAUCAUGAAAGGAGGCGCCAAGGAAUAUUGGUUUGUGAUGACAGCGGAGAAUCUCUCCUGGUACAAGGAUGAUGAGGAAAAAGAGAAGAAAUACAUGUUGCCCCUUGAUAACCUGAAGCUACGUGACAUAGAGAAAGGAUUCAUGUCCAGCAAACACAUCUUUGCUCUCUUCAACACGGAACAGAGAAGCGGCAUUAGGAAUGUUUACAAGGAUUACCGCCAGCUGGAGCUGGCUUCCGAGACCCAGGAGGAGGUGGAUAGCUGGAAGGCCUCAUUCCUUCGGGCUGGAGUCUAUCCAGAGCGGGUCGGGGAUACGGAAAAACAAAGUGAGGGCGAGGAGAAUGGCUCCGGGGACAACUUCAUGCACUCGAUGGACCCUCAGCUAGAGCGGCAGGUGGAGACAAUCCGCAACCUGGUUGACUCCUACAUGGGCAUCGUCAACAAGACAAUCCGUGACCUCAUGCCCAAGACAAUCAUGCACCUAAUGAUAAUUAAUACAAAGGACUUUAUACACUCCGAGCUCCUGGCGCAGCUGUACUCCUGCGCCGACCAGAACAUACUGAUGGAGGAGUCCCCGGAGCAGGCCCAACGCCGGGACGAGAUGCUGCGCAUGUACCACGCCCUGAAAGAAGCCUUACACAUCAUCGGGGACAUCAACACCACCACCAUGAGCACUCCUCACCCCCCACCCGUGGACGACUCCUGGCUCGGCGUCAAGGAUAUACCCUCUGGACGCAGGUCUCCCACAUCCAGCCCCACACCCCAGAGGAGAGCACCCGCUGUCCCUCCAGCCAGACCUCUGUCAAGGGGUCCUGCUCCGGGGCCUCCUCCCCCCUCAGGCCCCCCUCCCCAAGGUCCCCCCGUCAGCGCCCCACCUAUCCCCUCCAGGCCUGGAGCCUCACCAGACCCCUUCGGAGCUCCUCCCCAGGUCCCGUCCAGGCCCAAUCGAGCUCCACCUGGUGUGCCAAGAAUAAUGAUAAGUGAUCCCUGAGGAUAUUAACCCUAGACUGCAGGAGACCUCUCGCCUCACCCACCCGACCCACAAUUAUCCGACCGACAGAACCAAGCCUGCUAGAUAUCUGACCCCUGGUUCCUGGGGAGGCUGCUGUGCUCUUCAGUCCUGCCUGCCUGUUGUAUCAGUGUAGAAUAGACAUAGACACUUGUGUGAUCAAGUCUCUCUCUGGACUAGUGCUUUGCAAUCUCCAUUUGUACCCAUGGCGUAGUGUUAAUAAUAACAGAAGUGUUUCAUGGUAUGCACCUUGUGACAGUUUCUGUUCUUUAAUCAGAAUUCCAGGUUACAUUAAAACCUAAAUUGGGUUUGUUCACACAGCGGGCUGUGCAUUGGUAAUGCCGACACUUAUCCUUUUCUCUCUCUCUUGCAGUCCAAAAAAGGCAGCAAAAUCUCUGAGCCUCAAGAGCCUUUUGAGGCAAAUACGCUCUCGGUCUUUGUAUUCCUUUCACUCAUUUCUUUCGCGAGAAACCCUAGUCCCUUUGAUUUCAAAAAAAAAUAAACUUGCUAUCAAAAAGCAAAUUGAAGUAAAACAUUGCGAUUCAAUUUGCUUAGUUCCCAAGAUGGUUAAACUGGAAUUCGCUGCACAUAAUAAUAAUAAUCCUUGCAUUUGAUAUAACGCCUUAUCACGUCUUCGAGACACAUGCCUGCCUGCACCUGCCUUUCCCUCUAUGCUAGUGGAGAUUGAAACCAAGCCAUUACUGCCGCAGUGGCUGUCCCUUCUUCCUCUGCCAUCCAAUGCUAAUGACUGCGAUCAGCAAUCGAUUGCAGAGUUGAGGUGUUCCCAGUGUAACUCCAACAUUGUGGAGCUGUUAAUCUUUAUUGAUGGGAAUGACAGAUGUGUUAAGUGCAUCCAUAUUUUCCCUGUGGUUUAAAGCUAGUGAUAUUCAUAAGUCUUGGGCACCUGCUCAUUCAUGUACCUCGCCCCUUCACCAUUGUUUUUUUUCUCGCUGACUUUGAUAACUUUGGGCAAAGGCUCCAGUAGCCUCCCAUUUCCCCCCCUCCCCCCAAACACAAACACACAUGAUUUCUGAGGGGCAAGUAUGUGACCUUCAGUGGGCCUGAGGUGAGAGAAACCUGGAGUCAGUUCACAUCCAAGGCCACCCCUGGAACGUUGCUGAGAAAGAAAGCCCCUGCUUGGGAAUGCAGACCCUGACACAGAGCUAUUGAGUAACACUGCUCUGUAUGUAUGUGCCUUUGUACCGUACUUACUCGCAUCUCGACUGACCUCAAAAUCCUGCGUUAAAUCUAGAAGAAUCUGCGACUGAUUUUUAAAAAAAUCACUUCUCUUGCUGUGUUUUAUUUUCGAAAGGUUUUCAAGUUGUCAGAGGCCCUUAGACUGUACUCUCAGCUCCAGUAAAAGAAGACAUAACCAUUCAUAAGAACAUAAGAAAUAGUUUUCUUAUGGA